UCGGCCUGAGUCAAAGGUACACGGACGUGAGUACAGUACACGCUCGCAUUUCGUUGAUUUCUGCACUGUUGCCAUGUGAAAAAGUUUUGGAGCUGUGAUUACCUGUCCUGUUUAUUACUUCGUCAACACACCGGCUGAGUGUCAUGGCAAUCUGUAGUUGAAAUCUGGCAUUUUGAGUCAGUUUCAUUGCGCAACUUUUCGAAAAAGUGUGGUGUAAUGUUUUGCACGUGGUUGGUUUGUGGCUGCUGGAUUUGCAGUUUGACUGCGGAGGGAGUAAAUUUUGGAGGGACUUAGCACGGCCGGUGUCGAUUUUGAGUAACCCACGGCAUCUACCGCAGUGUGCGGUGAUGUAGUAAUACGGUACGUGGUAUCCACCGGUAGGCCUUAAGGCCAGCUCAGUUGAGCAAGUGGGUGGCAGGUGUCAGCAGAGCUGAUUUUUCUCCAUCAAAGCAUCAUGUGGUGUGCAGUGAGCAUUUUGAGAAAGAGGACUACGUAAGAGGUGUACACCCCAGAGAUGACCGUGACAUUGUUCAACAUGAACUCCGGGAGUGUGUUGUACCCUCCGUUUUUCCCCAGUUUCCACAACACAAGCAAGCGAGCAAGAGGCCUCCGCCUAAAAGAGGAAUGCCUGCAGUUAAUCCAAGCCCACAAUCUCCCAAGAAGGCUGUCACAGAAGACCACAUGUAUACUACAUCAAUAAGUGCAGUUUAUGGGAAACUAAAGAAACCACUGACAAACUUCAAGAGGUCCGUAUGGAACUUAAAGCAGCUAAACAAAAGGAGAGCAUUGACCAAAAGGAAGACCCAACCCCCUUGGAACUUGUCCAGCUCUUAUAAAAACUGUCCAGCAAGAUUUGUUGCUUGAAAUGGGCUCCUCGGUAUUGCCUGAUCUGUCUGAGCAUUUCCUUGAGCAAGACCUCACCGUAGAAGAUGAUCAUGGCACUCAACUUGUGAAGAGAAUCAGCGGACUGUUCAUCAAGACUGUUGUGUGUCACCAUGGAAGGCUGUACACCGAGCGAUAUGUCAACAAAAAUAUGCCAUCAAAAAGACAUCAGCUCACAAGACCAUCCUCUUUCUAGGCCAGUAGGGCCUAAAAUUAAGUAAGGUACUGUAAUUUACUUUAAAAGUAAUUUUACCACAAACCUUCUUGUACUUGCAAUUGCGUCAUGUAUACGUGAACGACAACAUCCGGGUACUUGGCAUACUAUUUGCUCGGUUUGGCUAUGGCCGCUCGCGAUCCAUGGGUGCACAGUAGCAAAGCGUUGCUUGUUAUGGGAAGUACGCCCACCAGGUCAUUAUUAUAUCUAACUCUAUGGGUGUAACCCACAGGUUAGUCAUGUUUUCUUUCCCAGCUGCUGCAGUUGGAGAGGAAGGUGUAAACCGGAGACCAGUCAUGUAUUCCCCUAUUUGAUCUGUAACUUCUGCGGUGAAGGAGGAAAGUGUAAUGCAUGCAGAGACCAGUCAUGUCUUCUGUCACUACUUCUCCAUCUGUCACUGCUGCAGUGGGGGAGGGCAGCGCGAGCCCGAGACCAGUCCUGUCUUGUUUCCCCACUUCUCUGUCUGUAACUGUUGCAGUGCAGUUACAGAGGGAGGUAUAAGCCAGAUAGAAACCAUUCAUGUUUUUUUCCUUACUUCUGAAUCUGUAACUGCUGCACUGGGAGAGGGAGGUGUAAGCAAAAAAUCCCUCAUGUCAUCUGUCCGUAUCUCUCCAUCUGUUCCAGCUGCAAUGGGACAGUCAGGUGUAAGCCGAGGACCAGUCAUGUUUUCUUUCCAUACUGGCCCAUCUGUUACUGCUAUAAUGGGAGAGGCAGGUAUCAACCAGAGACCAUUCCUGUCUUCUUUCCCUACUGCUUCCACUGGAGAAGGAGGUGUGAGCCACAUACGUGUCAUGUCUUCUUUCCGUUCUUCCCCGUUUGUGAACAGCAGCAAUGGUAAAGGGAGGUUUAAGUCAGAGACUAUAGUCAUGUCUUCUUCCCUUACUACUCUGUCUGUAACUGCUGUAGUGGGAGAGGGAGGGGUAAGUCAGAGACCAAUCAUGUCACCUUUCCCUCUUACUUCAUAUUGUUGUAAAAUCGGGGGCCCGUACGUCAAUGGUAUAGUCUACCCAUAGCUUUGCCCCUCUAAGGAAGAUGUGGACCAGUCUAUUCGGUCAUCCCACCCCUUUCGUUGCACGUAUCCUUUUAUUACUAAUUCUAGCGGGCACGCCUAAACCCAGUAUCCCUCACCCGUUAGGUUUCUUGCAUUGUUGAUUUGCAUAAUUCCUUUGUCUGGGUUCCCUACACUGGGUGUUGGCCCAGUUAAAACCUAGCUAGGUGCUUGGAAUUUUUGGGGGAAUCCAGCAGUUGGGUUCGGUAUGGUAACAUCUUGUGGAGGGCAAGGCUCUCGCCAUGCCUGGGUUUGGAGAGAUUUUCAUGUAAGUUGAUUGGUUUUAAUUGCCUCUGGUUAAUUUGUUUUAUUUCUUUACCAGUCACCAAGUCCUGUUUGCAUUUCACAACUUGUCAUGAACCGCCCUAAAUCCAGCCAAUAAUUGUAGAAAAGGCAGUUAAUAAUUUUGGUGAUUUUCUAAAUAAAACUUGAUUGUUAAUGGCCGGCAAAGUCUCGUUUUAAAGUCUUGUCUCUUUUGCUGUUGCCCUCCCACGCUACAAUAUGUAACAGUUGCAGUGAUAGAGGGAGGUGUAAGCCAGAGAUAAAGCAUACAGUAUCUUCUUUCCCUACUUUUGAAUCUAGAACUGCUGCAAUUGGAGAGGGAGGUGUAAGCCAGAGACGAGUCAUGUCUUCUAAUCUCUCCCUGUUUCUCUCUGCUGCGGUGUAAGAGGGAGGUGUUAGCCAGAGACCAGUCUUGUCUUCUUUUGCUACUUCUCCAUUUGUAUAAGAAGCUGCAAGAGUAGAGAGAGGGGUAAUCCAGAGAGCCCCUACUUCUUCAUCUGUAACAGUUGUGGUUAGGGAGGAUUUUGUAAGCUAGAGACCAUUCCUGUCUUCUUUUCUAAUACUUCUGAAUCUGUAACUACUGCACAGGGAAGAGUAAGCAGCUCUUCUAUAACUGUCACAAUUCUGUUUCUCUGCUGCGGUGUGAGAGGGAGGUGUUAGCCAGAGACCAGUCUUGUCUUCUUUUGCUACUUCGCCAUCUGUGCCCCUGAUAUCUUAUCCAGGACAAGCAUGACAGUGGACAACCUCAUUCACUGGUUUAUCCAAAGAGUUACAACUGAGUUUGGAUGCCCCACUUUCAAGACAAUUGUGUUCAGUCAUCAUGUAUGACAGGAGGGAUACCAUCUAGGUAUCAUUAGAAAGAAUACUGCUUCUACUUUUCGGAGAUGCUUAUACGUUAUAAUUAUAUCUCAUGGUUUGGGCAUAAUAACCCCUGUCCUCAGGGUUUGGUUGUUUCUUGGAUACCCUGUAUAAACAGCUGCAGUAGUAGAGAGAGGUGCAACCCAGAGACUGGUUAUGUUUUCUUUUCCUACUUCUUCAUCUGCAAAUGUUGUGGUUUGGGAGGAACUUUUAAGCCAGAGACCAUUGAUGGCUUCUUUUCUAAUUCUUCUGAAUCUGUAACUGCUGCACUGGGAGAGGAAAGAGUAAGCAUCUCUUCGAUAACUGCUGCAAUUAGAGAGGGAGGUGUAAGGCAGAGACCAGUCUUUGACGCCUUUCUAUGAGGGAGAUACCUUCUUUCAGGAGAUCUUUAGCUUUCUGUAGUUUCCCUGCAUCCAUACUUGAGAUUGAGUCUUAAAACUUGUCUUUGAACUCUUCCUUGUGUGUGAUUUGGUGUUUGUAACCUUCUUAUGUUUGAACGCUGCUGGGGUCAGUUUGGCCCAUUUUACCGUGGGAUGAAGCUGGGCCGAAGAUUCUUCAGAAAGCUCUCUCUUAAAUUUGUCAAGCUUAUUGUCCAAGAUUGCAGACAACCGGCUAAGGUUAAUAUGGGACGGUCCGGCAGAGUUAUCUCAGAAUACCUCGCAGCGGAAUUGGUAUCCAUUUGAAAACAUGCGUGAAACUACGUGAAUAUGUGAGCUGAGGAAAAACUAGAGCGAACAGUGUGGUGUAGUGACUACUAAUGACACUUUCCCACAUACCAAUGCCUUAUGUAGCCUCACCCUGACCCUGCUUCUCUGCACACACUUUGCAUAUCAACCAGCUUCUCAACAGCUUGGUCCCACCCUUGCAAUGAGAGAGUAAUUCUCUUUCUAUGUAUACAUACCAAGAGAAUUUGUAAUUAUCGGCGGUUGAGAACUUUCUUCGCAGUUGCUGUGUCGAACUCUCAUUUGUCGCCACCUCACUACCCAAGGACUAAUGGGGAAGGGGAGUAAUGGAAGAAUUCUUAGACGAUUCAGCUUGCUUUACGGGGGAUAGAGGAGUGAAUGGAGUCCAUCAAUACCGGUACCUUACCGGGAGUUCACCAUCUGAGUUACUGUCUAACUGAAAGUUGAUGAUGCGUGUGAUAACUCAACAUAACAUACCCUACCUUGGGAUGAUGCUGAACUUCACUGUGGCGUAGCACAGAAACAGGUCAAAUCACGUAAGCACACUGACGCCACGCGAUGCAAUGAAGGCAAAGUGCACAUGAUCCAGGUACUAAUCUGUGUUCGUGUGAAGCUACAAAACAAAGGGAGAAGGAAAUUUUCCGCUGCACAGCGAAAUAUUAAAACGAAAGUACGUUCAAUUAUGUUUUAGAGGAUGGACGGGUUUGGAAUGCCUCAAAAUUAAGUCUUAAGUUAGGACUAAUGGGAUAAAAUUUAAGGUAAAAUGACACACAGAAUUCAACAAGCAGCAGAAACAUACCUGUUGCAGUUCGAUAUGCAACUUUGAAACCCCCAAGUGCUAGUGUGGUCGAAAGACUUUGAAAAACAGUUUAUACCAUCCAUGCAUAUUUGUAAACCAGUCAUAUACAUGUAAUUUAAGGACAAACGUCAGAGUAAACCAGUUUUUCUUUUGGGCCAUUUACAUAUUAAAUGUUAUGGGCUAUAUAUUUACUUUGUCAUUCACUACAGAUCUAGAGACCGUUCACUUUUUGACAAAAAUAUUUGGACUAUGUAGAUUCGAGUCUUGCAAGUUUAACACCAGAAAGUUGAUAAUUUAGCUAAAACAUUUUCACUGUUCUAAGAUCUUUCUUUAAGAGCAGGUUACAAAUUGUGUCUUCUUGUUGCAAAGCGCCCUCAGCUGGUAAAGAGAGGUUAUGUUGUUUAUGUGAAGUGAGAGGGGUUCAGGGCUGAGCAAAAGUGUCUCUGUUUCUUAUCCUGUUCGUUUCGGAGAAAUACACACCACGCCUCUGUACCAGUUUCGACGUUUUCAUCGUGGAUUUUGAUGGCAUUUAACAUUUUUUAUUGUAUGUCAAGCUUCAAUUAGGGUCCAUCCCCCGUAGAUAGCCCAAAUUGUGUCUGGCAAGCUCAUUAAUAAGAGUUAUUUCCUCAAAAUUACCUUCAUUAGAGAGACCUGGGAGCCAUGGAAUUGGAGAAUUGAAAUGUGACCCUGAUCCUCUGGCUUGGACUUAAGGCUUCCAAUUUCGGGUGUAAAAUAAUUAUGGCUGUUAUUUUAUUUUCAUUGGCUUUGAGCAUUAUGUGAAGAUGGUAACUGAUUCUGAUAUGAGUUAUUGUCAAGUACUUAUUUUUCUGUCUUGGUGUAAAAUUAUGCAGUGGGUUAAUUAUUUUAUCAUAAAAUGAGUUUAUGACCUAAAGUGUGUGUCUCUGGAUCUCAAUAACACCCAGUUUUUAUUUUCAUUUUUAAGUUUACUGCUGAAAAAUGCAGCUGUAACCCUUAUUUUCUGAUACAGGCCAUGCUUUGACUCGUCCAAAUUACUCUAACCCCUCGUCGGAUUUAUUGACGUAUAUUAGCAGGGUAUUGUACAGUAUUGUACAGUAAUAAGUUUUGUCCUCAACUCCAAUUUAUUUUAACAAAGCCGAAGUCGGUCCACGACAUUGCUCAUUGUUAAAUACGAUGUAAAAAUAAAAACGAGGGGAUUGUAUUCAUGUCCGGGGUUAAGUGUCUUACAUUUCACAAAAAGAGUGGCUUUUCCGCACUAUAUGCAAUAGUCGCCAAAAUCAGAACAAAAGGAACGCCUUUUCGGCAGUCUGUCCAAAAGCAAACUAGAGGUUGUGGAAUUGUCUGGCUUUACAACGUUUUAAAAGUUUGGGAGUUCUUUAUUAAGAUACUUAUACUGGUUAUCAAGAACACCCUCCUAAAACGUGUACAAAGAUGACAAUUUACUGAAAUUUCUCUAUAAAAUCUCUUGUUGACAAAUGCCAAUUACAUGUAUUUGACAGAGUAGUUUUUCAAGGCAGUUGUGUUCGAUUCAAUGUUGAAAUCAACCUUUUACAAGAACCUAUAUAAAUUUAGCACUUGGUAAAAUAAUCGUAACACCGUUUUGUUAUGUUAGCCAAUGAGCAAGGUGGGCUCACAUACCUGUUUUUAUGGCAAUUAGAGCUCGCCAGGAUGUGUAUUAAAAGAAAUUUGAUGGCGUGAUCUUGACGUCCGAAAAGUAUGCAAACACUAAAAAUAUCUACUUAAAUCUCCAGAAGUCAUGCAGUUGUUUUUUUUUUCUCGAAAAUAACCCCUUUUCAGUUUAUAUAUCAAUAGAAUGAGAAACUAAAAGCAUUCACUACAAAACAGCUGAUAUAUGUGUUUACCUCUUUUGGAUGCAAGACUGUUUUCUUUUUCUUCAAGGUCUGCGACGUAUGCAACCUUGGUCAGCUUAGUCUACUGGGUCACUGUAUGUUGGAAGCUUGAUUGACCAGUGGGCGUGGCAGAAGAAUUGCCUUCCUCGGAAAAAAUGAUAGACGCAUUAGGGGAAAAGGAACGAAGAGACAAGAGGAAGGACAAUAAACUUCCUUGCAAGUGCCGUGGACGCGACUCCCUCCCCUUUGGAUGCCUGGCUGGAGAAAGACAAAGGAUUGGUCUGCUGGAUUGCUGUUUUAACGAUGUGGAGCUACUGUUUUAUUACUGUAGGGGCCAUCAAAGGGCUUGGAGUCUUGCUGCCGACUCUGCAAGUCCAAUUUGAGACGAAAACGUGGAUUGUCGGUUGGUCGAUUUCUGUCAUAACUGGCAUCAGUGGACUAACAGGUCCUUUAGUAGUGGCAUUGCAAAGAAGAUGUGAGCCUGGUUCCAUCAUCGUGGCGUGUGGUGUUAUGCUUGGACUAUCUUGCAUUGUUGCAUCGUUUGCAGUCAGUGUUUUCCAACUGACACUUACGUAUGUGCCUUUAGCAGGUAUUGCAUUGGGAUUGUCAGGGGUCCUCUCGAAACAGUUGGUGGGUCUUUGCUUUGAUCAGAAUCACGCAACAGCCAUUGGCAUCGCACGGACAGGAUCAUCAAUCGCAUUUUUGGUGUGCACACCCCUCGUUCAAAUACUCUUAGAGACCUUUGGUUGGAGAGGAACCAUGCUGAUAAUGGGGGGACUCUUUUCACAUAUGAUCGUGUGUGGUGCCUUGGUAAAAAAGCAACUGAAACACAGUUUCCACAACUACAAGCAAAUACAGGAAGAUUCAGCAUCAGCAAAGCCCCCAAGCAAUCUCCCGCUAUGUUUGUACACCGCGUGGGAGAGCUUCGCAGCCAAUUUGGAUCUGAGACUACUCUUGAAUAUCCGUUUCUGGAUGGCAGCGAUUAUUUUCUGUGAUUCAAGGUUUGCGUCCGACAUGUGGAGAAUUUACUUCGUGUCCACUGCUGUUUCUAAAGGAUUCUCUUCAGAUGACGCUACAAUGUUCGUAGCAGUUGGUGCUGUUGGCAGUUUGAUUGCAAAAGUGGUUCAGGGCUUCAUCAUUGACAGAGGGCCACUACCCUUCUGGGCUGUAUUAGGCAUCGGUCUUAGUGUCAGUACCGCUACGUACUGCACAACUCCAUGGUUGUCGUCUUAUACGACUGUUAUGAUAUCAGCGUUUCUAAUCAUGACCGCGGAUGGUUUCAUUAGCUGUCUGAUUGAUGUCCUCGUGAAGCAGUUGCUGGGCGUAGAUUUGCUGUCUAGUGCCUACGGAUGGAUGGGAAUUCUGACAACACUAUUAAGCUUCACGCUGGGGUUUCUGCCAGGUUGGAUUUAUGAUACAACUGGAAGCUUCAAUGCUGCAUUUGUUUUCCUCUGUUGUGUUCAAGCUUCAUCGUUGGUUACACUUCUUAUUGUAAGCUACAAGAAACUCUAUUCCAUUCCUAAAGUUUAAAACAUUUUUUCUUGGAGCGUUAUAGCCGUAUUUUUGUUCCCCUUUUCAAGCACAAAUCUUCCCCUUUGUAUUUUUUCCAUGUGGUGUGGACUUUGUGGACAAGAAUACCCCACGUCAUGAAAACUAGUUUAGAAUUGUGUGCAUAGUUUGAAUGAUUAUAUUAACUUUUGAGAGCAAUACUUGGUCUGAUUUCAUUUUGAUUCAUAAGAUGAAACCAAGACUCUUCUUUAAAAGACACCUCAGCAACAGCGCCUUAUUUACCCCAAAACAAAAACGUGUUUUUAAAGGUGCAGUAAUCUGUUAGAUUAGUUAAAUGUAUCAAAGUGGAUUUUGAAUUACAUGAUAAUUUAAUACAUGUAGAUUGUAAAAAAGAAUAUGUACAACAGUGUGUUUUAAAAGAAGCCGGUAAAGUUUUAAAAUUCAUUUGGCUCCUUGGUACACUUCCAACACAGUGAACAAGAAGACAUACUGCUGUAGGCUCAGAUUCUGGUUUUUAAGCCUGCAUCUGUAGUGCGUGGGAUGAGAGUGAGGAUGGCUUGGGCUGGGAGUUAGAUAACGGUUUGGGUUAGGAUUGGGUUCAGAUAUGGAUUUGGUUGGGUUUGGUUUGGUCAGGCUUACGGUUUGG